UAAACAAACAAAAAAGAGUGUUGAGUUCAAUUCCUUCAUUCAGUGGCUGUUUGGUGCACAAUACAGUAACUUCACUUUUCUGGCAUGAACAAAUGAAACAACAUUUCCCAUUCUUCAUUCGCAUUGCCAUUUCUCUCCUCUGAUCAGGUAUAUCCUUCAUGGAUUCACGUAUCAACGCUGUUGAUUCUGUAUCAGAGGUUCAGAAUUCGGUUUCUAGGGUACCUGCGGUACCGAUACGCCACAGUCUUCCUUUAACAUCAGGGAUUCCCCGUCCUUCGCGGCCUCCCUUAUAUAGAAAUCAUCACGGAGCUUCUUCUUCUUCCGCGUCAUUUUUGGAACAAAGACAUCGUCAUAAUAAUUAUGGAACGAAGAACAUCCACCAUCAAAACAGCUAUGUAGUUAAUCGAAAGCAUUCAUAUCAGGACAGAAAAUUAUGCAGCAAGCAACUGUUUGAUGAUGGUUCCGAGAGUCGCGAGUCAUGUUCUGUAGUAUUAGAAUCCGACAAUUGUAUCUUAGUUACAUCGAAACGAGGUGCCGUUAAUCAACCGAAGAAUUACCAUUGUCAGUCAGAGAUUAGUUUUUGUCAUAGUCCUCAGAAUAGUUUACAUUCGACCACUGUCUAUUCAGAAGCGAAACAAAGUUUCACCAAUACUGAAGUCAGUGAGUGUGUUAGUGUUGAUGAUGAUGAUGAUGAUAAGUCGUGCGAAAGCGGACAAGUUUCGAAUUCGUGUGAUUUUAAUGAAAGUAGGAAAACCAGCAUCUAUAGAGCGAGUACAGUAAGUGAUGUUAGCGACGAAAGCAACACGAGUAGUUUGAGUAGUGCUUUGUAUAAACCUCAUAAGGCGAAUGAUAUAAGAUGGGAAGCGAUUCAAGCUGUGCGAGCACGCGUCGGGGUGUUGGAAAUGAGGCAUUUUAGGUUGAUGAAGAAAUUGGGAUGUGGAGAUAUAGGAAAUGUAUAUCUAGCUGAACUGAGUGGCACGAGGACUUGUUUUGCUAUGAAGCUCAUGAAUAAAACCGAGCUCGCAAGUCGGAAGAAGCUUGUAAGAGCUCAGACGGAGAGAGAGAUAUUGCAGUCUUUAGAUCACCCUUUUUUACCUACAUUAUAUACACAUUUCGAGACCGAGACAAUCUCUUGCUUGGUAAUGGAGUUUUGUCCCGGUGGCGACCUUUAUUCAAUCAGGCAAAGACAGCCUGGGAAGUGUUUCUCGGAGCAUGCUGUCAGAUUUUAUGUGGCAGAAGUUCUCCUUGCUUUGGAGUACUUACACAUGCUUGGAAUCGUCUAUAGAGACCUUAAACCAGAGAAUGUGUUGGUUAGAGAAGAUGGUCAUAUAAUGCUUUCGGAUUUCGAUCUCUCUUUAAGGUGUACCGUCAGUCCAACUCUCGUGAAGUCAUCAAACCCGAUCGUCGAAACGAAAAGAUCAGGAUACUGCAUUCAGCCCAGAUGUGCAAUGCAGCCAGAUUGCAUACAACCUGCAUGCUUUUCGCCGCGGUUUCUAUCCAGUAAAUCCAAAAGAGAGAGAAAAUUCAGACCAAAGAAUGACAUGCAUCAUCAAGUGACACCUCUCCCUGAGCUAAUGGCCGAACCAACAAGUGCACGAUCGAUGUCCUUUGUAGGCACACACGAGUACUUGGCGCCUGAAAUUAUCAAAGGCGAAGGACACGGAAGUGCUGUGGAUUGGUGGACGUUUGGUAUAUUCUUAUACGAACUCUUGUUUGGUCGAACACCGUUCAAAGGGUCUGCAAACCGAGCGACGCUGCUCAAUGUUGUCGGGCAGCCUUUAAGAUUUCCGGAAUCUCCUACUGUCAGCUUUGCAGCAAGGGAUUUGAUCAGAGGUUUGCUUGUGAAAGAACCUCAACACCGUCUUGCCUAUAGACGCGGAGCAACCGAAAUCAAACAACAUCCGUUUUUUCAUAAUGUGAACUGGGCGCUGAUCCGUUGCGCUAAUCCGCCCGAGGUACCGAGAGACACCGUGAUGAUGAAACCAACUUCAACCGAAAAUGAAGUUGGUAUGAACCCUUCUGAACUCGAUGUUGUUUGCUUCAAACACGAUUUGAUCACACUUGAGAAGUUUGCAGGAAGUGAUUAGUAAGGGUGCAAGGCUUUGGAUCCUGGACUUUUUGAAUCUCUAAUAGUUGAGAUUCAAACUCAAUUUUCAAAUUGAAAAUUCUCAGAUUUUUCUUUAGAAUGAGAAGGUUUGAAUUGGGGGGCAAAACUGACGCGCAAGGUGUGUUUGAAUUGAGCACAGAGGUCAUGGACUUCAAACAACGCCAUGGGAAGCUUUUGUGCAUCUUGUCUGCUGAUGUGGUUGAAGGACUUUUGAGUGUGUUAGUGCAGUUCUAUGAUCCUCUUUACCGUUAUUUCACUUUCCCAAAUUUUCAGAUUGUGCCUACAUUGGAGGAGUAUUCUUAUCUCUUGGGGAUACCUGUUUCUAGUAGAGUGACUUUUAGUGGAUUGGAGGAGAUUCCCAAUCUAGUAUUAUUGUUGAAGCUCUUCACUUGAAGAAGUCUGAGAUAAAGGCUCAUUGGGUGAAGAAAUGAAGGUUGUUUGGGUUGCCAUCUGAUUUCCUCAUCAAUGAAGCUACUGCUUUUGCUCAAGCCGGUAGUGUGGAUGUUUUUGAAGCUAUCUUUGUGUUGCUCAUUUAUGGAUUAACUUUGUUCCCUAACAUUGAUGAUUUUGUUGAUGUUAACACCGUUAGACUUUUCU